UGAAGAGGAAGAACCAAAGGAGUUCGGUUUCUUUCUCGUUCCACCCCCCUGCGUUGGGCGUCGCCAUUGCUCGCCGUCCUUCCUCCUCCGUUGGGGUUUUCUUACACAGAUCUAGAUUUUGGGUUUCUUCUGGUCUGGGUGGGGGUCGGAGAUCACAUGGAGCAGCGGUCGUUGAUCUACAGCUUCGUCGCCCGGGGUACGGCCAUCCUGGCGGAGUACACCGAGUUCACAGGGAACUUCACUACCAUCGCCUCCCAGUGCCUCCAGAAGCUCCCCGCCACCAACAACAAGUUCACCUACAACUGCGAUGGCCACACCUUCAAUUACCUCGUCGACGAUGGCUUCACAUAUGGGGUCGUUGCUGCUGAGUCGUUUGGCAGGCAAGUUCCCAUUGCCUUCCUGGAGAGAGUUAAGGAGGACUUCAGUAAACGAUAUGGAGGAGGAAAAGCUGCAACAGCUGCAGCCAAUAGUCUAACCCGAGAGUUUGGGUCAAAGCUUAAAGAGCACAUGCAAUAUUGUGUGGACCACCCUGAGGAAAUAAGCAAGCUGGCCAAAGUGCAAGCUCAGGUUUCUGAAGUAAAAGGGGUCAUGAUGGAAAAUAUUGAGAAGGUUCUUGAUCGUGGGGAGAAAAUUGAGUUGCUUGUUGACAAAACAGAAAACCUCCACUCCCAGGCUCAAGAUUUCAGGCAGCAGGGAACAAAGAUGAGAAGGAAAAUGUGGCUACAGAAUAUGAAGAUAAAACUUAUUGUCUUGGGCAUCAUCAUCGCACUAAUCCUCAUCAUUAUCUUGUCUGUUUGCCAUGGCUUCAAAUGCUAGUGUGGAUGAAUAUGAUACCACCCACACUUCAUCCCCUAUGAUAUAUCAGAACUGGUGCUUCCAAGUACAUGGAUUGCGUUGUUGAUGACAUAUGGUUUAUCUGUUCCAAUACUUUACAAAUAUUAUCACAUCACAUCUCUUAGCUUACGGGAUGGUUGGAUUUGACGUUGUACGUUUGAUAAUUGUGCGGGUGGGUGUUGUCUGAACA